AUGCGACGUGCACUGGGGCGUUUGCCCGGUCACGUCUUCCGUCGACCGCUGAUGGCGGCGAGUAUGAAAUGCACGUUUCGGCCGUUCCGAUCUCAGGCCGCGGUGGCCGUUGACGCCGAACAAGAGGAGAUUGAGAAGGACAAGGCAGCCUUGCGAAAGUACUCGAUGCUGGCGGCCCUUGCCGUCCUCUCCGCCGGCACUCUUUGGUACGGGUCGAGACAGGCAAAAAAGCGUUACUUUGGCUCAGCGGGCAGUGCGCGGGUAAACGUCGAGACGCGCGGUCGACCGGCACUGGGGGGACCUUUUGUUCUCGUGAAGACAGAUGGAGAGCCUGUCACACAAGCAGAGUUUUUGGGUUCGUGGACGUUUUUUUACUUUGGCUUCACGCACUGCCCGGAGAUUUGUCCGGUGGAGUUAAACCGCAUGUCAAAAGUGGUGGAUGCUGUGCGGGCGCGACGGCCCAAAGACCGUAUUCUCCCGCUUUUCGUUUCGUGCGACCCGCGGCGGGAUUCGCUGGAGGCCAUCGCGGAGUAUAUUUCCGCCUUCCACCCGGACUUUGUUGGGCUCGUGGGGACGCCGAAACAAGUGAACGAUGCCUGCAAGUCGUAUCGCAUUUACUACUCCUUGCCCAGUGCUGAGGCGGCGGAGACAAACGACUAUCUGAUUGACCACAGCAUCGCCAUUUUCCUUUUUGAUCCAAAGGGGCGAUUUGUGGACUUUUUUGGGAACCGUUACGAUGAAUCAGAGAUCACGGAACGCGUACUGCAUUACAUGGAGCAGCUAGAGCGAGAUCCGGAGUGGACAAACUGGUGA